AUGAAUUCAGACUCCAGCCCGAGCAGCAGAGCCUCAUCCCCGGACAUGGAUGCCAUGUUCCUCCGAGAGCACCUCCCCGGCCAUCACUUCCACCACCUGCACCCGCAACUAAUUCCCCUGCACCACCACCGCCACCACCCGGUCUCCUCGUCCACGCAGGGCGGCAAGACGUCGGAGUCCAAGUCGGCUUCGUCUUCAUCGUCGGUGGAGAGCGGCGACGGCGGCGGCAACAAGUUCAAACUGAAGAAGCAGGUGACCGAGCAGGAGAUGUACCAGCUGCGCCUAAAGAUCAACGGCCGCGAGCGCAAACGCAUGCACGACCUCAACCUGGCCAUGGACGGCCUGCGCGAGGUCAUGCCCUACGCGCACGGACCCUCCGUGCGCAAGCUGUCCAAGAUCGCCACGCUGCUGCUGGCCCGAAACUACAUCCUCAUGCUCAACAGCUCCCUGGACGAGAUGAAGCGGCUGGUGGGCGAGAUCUACGGCGGCCAGCACUCGGCCUUCCACUGCGGCACCGUGGCGCACCCGGGAGCCGCUGCGGCGGCGGCGGCGGCGGCGGCGGCAGCGGCCGCCCACCAGGUGCACCCGCUCCUGGGCGGCGGCGGCCUCUCGUCCUCCACCACCUCCUCCACCCUCCCCGCGCUCACCUCCAUCCGGGCCCCGCACGCCAUGAUGAAGGGCUCCCCGGGUGCCGCGCCCCCCAGCCUGCAGCUGGGCUCCGGGUUCCAGCACUGGGCCGGGUUGCCGUGUCCGUGCGCCAUCUGCCAGGUGCCUCCUCCUCCGCCUCCGCCUCCUCCUCCGCCGCACAUCCCCAUCACCUCCUCCGGCCUGACGAGACUCACAGGGGAGGCCAAGGACGGCAUGAAAUGA